ACAGAGCUGUUUCACUCUGUAGAAUGUGAAAGGAGUAAGAAGAGAAUCGCACGGAGAGAACGGUACAGGGGCUAGAUAAGAGAAAAAGAAAUGUACGAGUUCUCUUUAAUGGCAGCAGCAGAACACUAGACGUCGUCACCUAUAAACCAUACUGCUGUUAAUCUAUCGUCUAUUCCCCGCUGCUUAGGAUUGAUUUUUUUUUUGUUAAGGCCUCUAUUUUAUUGCUUUAAGCGAAACCCUACCGAACCUUUUCUUGAUCCGUAAGAGCACCGAAGCAAUGGAAAUUGAUUCGGUUUCGGAGAAGACGUUGAAACAGAAAGCUGAAACAUUACAGGCAUUGGCUAAUGGUCCUCUGGCAUCUUCUGUUGCGAAGCUUUCCGGUUCUUCCAGAGGUAUUCCUUCAGAAAGAGACUUUCAUUUCUUUCGCAACUUCGACGAAUUCAAAGUUCCAACGAAAGGAAUCACUGACAAAUCUGAAUCUCUACUGAAAAGUAUUGGUUCAUCGACUUAUCUGUGGGGCAAGCAGAUGAUUUUCCCAGAUGAUUCAGAAGAAGCUUACGACUGGCUGGUUAAUGUUUUCGACGAGGUCAUUGAAAGAUGUGAUGUUUCCAUGGGUGAAUUUCAUAUGCUGAGGAAGAAUGAAGAGGGAAGCGGGAGAGGUAUGAGUUCGAUAAAUUCUGAAGACGGGUUUCAGUUGGUUUAUGGGAAAAAGAAGAAGGGAGACAGUCGCAGUAUGGAGAACGAAGAUGCGCAUGAUUCGAGUCCAUUGACGUUAGUGAAUGUAGCUUCAAGGGACAAGAAGACGACCGUGGCAAAGCCACGCCUGCCUUUCCAUAUACCAACCAUUCCUCGACCCCAAAACGAAUAUAAAAUAAUGGUUAACAACACGAACGAACCGUUCGAGCAUGUUUGGUUGAAGAGGAGUGAGGAUGGGAGCAGAUUUAUACAUCCAUUGGAGGAGCUCUCCGUGUAUGAUUUUGUUGCUAGAAACAUUAGGGAUGUUGAACCAGUAAAACCGCUCCCUAUAGAGGCCACCCUUUUUAAACUUGUUGAAGAAGUCAAAGAAUUGAAGGAGUUAGCUGCUAAGUUGCGAAAUGUGGAUGAGUUUGCGGUUGAUUUGGAGCAUAAUCAUUAUAGGUCCUUUCAAGGUAUGACGUGCUUGAUGCAAAUUUCUACUAGAACUGAAGAUUAUGUGAUAGAUACUCUAAAACUUCGGGUACACAUUGGUCCACAUCUAAGGGAAGCCUUUAAAGACCCGUCAAAGAAGAAGGUUAUGCAUGGGGCAGAUCAUGAUGUAGUGUGGCUUCAACGGGAUUUUAGUAUAUAUAUCUGCAACUUGUUUGACACUGGACAGGCCUCAAGGGUGUUGCAGUUGGAGAGGAAAAGUUUGGAGUAUCUCCUGCAUUAUUUUUGUGGAGUUACUGCAAAAAAAGAAUACCAGAAUGCAGAUUGGAGACUGCGCCCGCUUCCUGAUGAGAUGCUUAGAUAUGCAAGAGAAGAUACCCAUUAUCUGUUGCAUAUAUAUGAUCUUAUGAUAGCGAGGUUGCUUUCAGCAUCUGCUGAAUCUGGAAGUGGUGAUGAUCUCCUGUUAGAGGUCUAUAAUCGCAGUUUUGACAUAUGCAUGCAGCUUUAUGAGAAAGAGCUCUUGACAGAUACUUCGUAUCUCUACAUAUAUGGGUUAGGGAGGGAUUAUGUCAAUGCGCAACAGCUCGCUAUUGUUGCGGGGCUUUAUGAAUGGAGAGAUGUUGUUGCCCGUGCAGAGGAUGAAAGUACUGGCUAUAUAUUGCCAAACAAAGCUUUACUUGAAAUCGCCAGGCAGAUGCCCCUCAAUGCUGGGAAGCUGCGGCGUCUAGUUAGAUCAAAACAUCCUUAUGUGGAGCGCAAUCUUGGUUCGGUACUCAACAUCAUCAAGAGUUCAAUCCAAGAUGCUUCAGCUUUUGAAAGUGCGGCUGAGCAACUAAAAAAGGGCCACCUAGAAAUAGCAUCUGACAAAAAUGAGAAAGUGAUUGCUGAUGAAUCUGAAACCUUACCAAUUAUGGGGACCCCUAUAAGAACGCAGACUGCAUCUGCUGAAACGAUGGACAUAAACGGAGGUGAUUAUGGUAAUUCAGUAAAUGGGAAGAUAGGCGAAUGCAUUUCAGCACCUGUCCAUGUCAAGGAAGGGAUUUUUGAAUUUAGUGGUGAUGCUUUAGAAAGUAUUAUGUGUGGAAAUGAAGGCUCCUUUGAACAACCUGGAGAAACUGGAAAAAUCAAGAAUGAACAGGAUUAUGUGCUAGAGCUUCCAAAGGAAAGAUCCACUUUUUCAGCACAAAUGGGUGACACAAAUAUUGAGAUGGGCCCAAAAACUUCGGAAAAAACGGUUACUAGAGCCACUGUCCAAAUCCUAAAGAAGCCAAGCAGAGCUUUUGGAGCACUGCUGGGGAAUUCAACCUCAAAGAGAAAGCUUUAUGCUGAUCAAAAAGACAAGGUGGAGCAGAUCAAGUCAUCAGUAAACCUUCCAUUCCACUCGUUUACAGGCAGGGACGAGCAGCUGAAACCCCUUGCUAACGAGUGCGUUAAACCCUUGGAAAUUCAUCCCGCUGAACCUGUUGCCACACCAGCUGAGGUCACCAAUUUAGGGAAUAAUAUAUCAUUGGCGUCUGGUCUAAAUAACCAGGAAUCAGCAGAUUGUGUAUCAACAGCUGCUAGUGAUGCGUUGAAUCAUAGGGAAAAUUGCAAUGCCAUAGUGUCCACUUUGGAAUCAGAUACAGUGGAUGAACCCAUGUCUCUCUCUGAUUUAUCAUCCAGCUUCCAAAAGUGCUUGAAGUACAUAAAUCAAACCAGGAAACAUGGACGGGUUGAAAGCUCCCAUGAAUCUGAAGGUAUGCAGUUGAAACCGUUUGAUUAUGCGGUGGCGAGGAAACAGGUGAAAUUUGGGGAGGACAAAGCGGAAGAGGGAGAAAGGGAGGGUGAUGAAGGCCUGAGAGGUCUGGUUGCUUCAAAGGGAAGACGAAAAAGUUCAGUCAUCAAUAGGGGCCCAAUAGAAGAUGUGGCUAAGGAUUUUGAGAAUCCUAGGCGGCGCCAGGCUUUCCCAGUCACAGGGAAUCGAAGUGCCACUUUUCGUUGAGCUUCAAGGUGGUGUAUGCUCUAGAGUCUUGAUAUAGCUUUGAAAAAGAAA